AUGGCUGCUUUGAGAGUCUUCUCUACAGGCGUCAUUUGCCAUCUUAUAUUUCAUUUCCUUUUCUUCCAGCCAUUAGCCAUCAGUGAUGAAACUGAGACUGAUCGAGACGCUCUCCUUUGCUUCAAGUCGCAGCUCUCAGGUCCAACUGGAGUUCUAGCCUCAUGGAACAAUGCAUCCUUGUUACCCUGCAACUGGCAUGGAGUCACAUGCAGCAGGAGAGCUCCUCGCCGUGUUAUCGCCAUUGAUCUCCCAUCCGAAGGCAUCAUAGGCUCAAUAUCACCUUGUAUUGCCAACAUCACCUCUCUUACAAGGCUGCAACUAUCAAACAAUAGCUUCCAUGGCGGCAUACCGUCUGAGCUUGGCUUCCUGAACGAACUCCAGAACCUCGACCUCAGCAUGAACUCUCUGGAAGGUAACAUACCAUCAGAACUCUCUUCAUGUUCACAACUUCAGAUCCUAGAUCUGCAGAACAAUUCCCUGCAAGGUGAGAUUCCACCUAGUCUAAGUCAAUGUGUGCAUCUUCAACAAAUUCUCCUUGGCAACAACAAGCUCCAAGGGAGCAUCCCCUCUGCUUUUGGGGACCUUCCUAAACUGAGUGUACUUUUCCUGGCAAACAACAGACUUUCAGGUGACAUACCACCCUCUUUGGGCAGUAGCCUUACACUCACAUAUGUCAAUCUUGGGAAGAAUGCUCUUACCGGAGGGAUCCCAAAGCCCAUGUUGAAUAGUUCAUCUCUCCAACAACUCAUUCUCAAUAGCAAUAGUCUCAGUGGAGAACUCCCAAAGGCUCUACUCAACACGUUGUCACUUAACGGCAUUUACCUCAACCAGAACAAUUUUUCCGGUUCUAUACCACCUGUUAAAACCGUCUCUCCACAAGUUCAAUAUCUUGAUUUAGGAGAAAACUGUCUCACAGGAACAAUACCUUCCUCUCUGGGGAACCUUUCCUCCCUACUUUAUCUUCGCCUUUCACAGAAUUGUUUAGAUGGGAGCAUACCAGAGAGCUUAGGACAUAUUCCAACGCUACAGACAUUGAUGUUGACUUUGAACAAUUUCUCUGGGACAAUUCCACCACCCCUCUUCAAUAUGUCAUCCCUGACAUUUCUUACUGUGGCAAAUAACUCACUCACCGGAAGAUUACCUUUAGAGAUCGGCUAUACACUCCCAAACAUUGAAGGCUUGAUUCUAUUAGCAAACAAGUUUAAGGGCUCAAUUCCAACCUCUCUUCUCAAUUCAACCCAUCUACAAAUGCUUUACCUAGCUGAAAACAAGUUAACUGGAAUCAUGCCAUCCUUUGGAUCACUGACAAACUUGGAGGACCUUGAUGUGGCAUACAACAUGCUAGAAGCAGGCGACUGGGGCUUUAUCUCGUCACUUUCAAAUUGCACAAGAUUGACUAAGCUGAUGUUGGAUGGGAACAAUCUUCAAGGAAACCUGCCAAGUUCUGUUGGCAAUCUAUCUAGUAGUCUCCAACGGUUGUGGCUAAGAAAUAAUAAAAUUUCCGGACCUAUACCACAAGAGAUCGGCAAUCUUAAGAGCCUCACUGAGUUGUACAUGGAUUACAAUCAAUUGACUGGAAAUAUAUCUCUAACAAUCGGAAAUUUGCACAAAUUAGGCAUUCUGUCCUUUGCUCAAAACAGACUCUCUGGUCAAAUCCCAGACAACAUUGGGAAACUUGUUCAGCUGAAUUAUCUAAAUUUGGAUAGGAACAACUUGAGUGGAAGCAUACCUCUGAGUAUAGGGUAUUGUACUCAACUCGAAAUACUCAACCUUGCUCACAAUUCACUAAAUGGAACAAUACCAGAGACAAUCUUUAAAAUUUCUUCACUUUCAAUGGUGUUAGACUUGUCAUACAAUUACUUGUCCGGAAGCAUAUCAGAUGAAGUAGGCAACCUUGUCAAUCUGAAUAAGCUUAUCAUUUCAUACAACAGAUUGUCUGGAGAUAUCCCAUCCACUCUUAGUCAAUGCGUGGUUCUAGAGUAUCUUGAGAUGCAAAGCAACUUCUUUGUAGGAAGCAUUCCGCAAACAUUUGUGAACAUGUUAGGCAUCAAGGUGAUGGAUAUAUCUCAUAACAACUUAUCGGGAGAAAUUCCACAGUUUCUAACGUUGUUGCGUUCUUUGCAAGUUCUCAACUUAUCAUUCAAUAAUUUUCAUGGAGUGGUGCCAAGCAGUGGUAUUUUUGCCAAUGCUAGUGUGGUGUCAAUUGAAGGAAAUGACCAUCUGUGCACAGAAACUCCAACGACAGGUAUGCCUCUUUGUUCAAAAUUGGUUGACAAGAAAAGGAACCAUAGUAGGUCAUUGGUUCUAGUCCUAACGAUAGUAAUACCAAUUGUUGCUAUCACUUUCACUUUAUUAUGCCUUGCAAAAAUUAUUUGUAUGAAGAGAAUGCAAGCAGAGCCACAUGUACAACAGCUGAAUGAGCACAGGAACAUAACAUAUGAAGAUGUUCUAAAGGCCACAAAUAGAUUCUCUUCAACUAACUUACUUGGCUCAGGAUCAUUUGGUACAGUUUAUAAGGGCAAUCUGCAUUUUCCUUUCAAAGAAAAGGGCAAUCUGCAUCUUCAGGAAGAACAUAUCGCCAUCAAGAUUUUUAACCUUGAUAUCCAUGGAUCUAAUAAGAGCUUUGUUGCCGAGUGUGAAACCCUACAAAAUGUCCGCCACCGAAAUCUCGUGAAAAUUAUUACUCUAUGUUCUUCUGUGGAUUCAACUGGGGCAGACUUCAAGGCUAUAGUGUUCCCAUAUUUUCCAAAUGGGAAUCUAGAUAUGUGGUUACAUCCAAAAUCCCAUGAACAUAGUAGUCAAACAAAGGUUCUGACUUUAAGACAGAGAAUUAAUAUCGCCUUGGAUGUAGCAUUUGCUUUGGAUUAUCUUCAUAACCAGUGUGAAUUGCCAUUAGUACAUUGUGAUUUGAAGCCAAGCAAUAUUCUGUUGGAUAGUGACAUGGUUGCACACGUCAGUGACUUUGGCCUAGCAAGAUUUGUAUACACAAGAUCGAAUGCACAUAAAGAUAUAUCAACAAGCUUGGCUUGUCUAAAAGGAUCUAUUGGAUAUAUUCCACCGGAGUAUGGUAUGAACGAAGAUAUCUCAACCAAGGGUGAUGUCUACAGCUUUGGAAUCCUUCUCUUAGAAAUGGUAACAGGUAGCAGUCCUACCGAUGAAAAUUUUAAUGGUGACACAACCCUGCAUGAUUUUGUUGAUAGAGCAUUGCCCGAUAAUACUCACGAGGUUGUUGAUCCCACAAUGCUACAAGAUGAUAUCAGUGUAGCCGAUAUGAUGGAGAGGUGUUUCGUUCCAUUGGUUAAAAUAGGACUCUCAUGUUCAAUGGCAUUGCCUAGAGAGCGGCCAGAAAUGGGGCAGGUUUCUACCAUGAUUCUUAGAAUCAAACAUGCAGCCUCAAACAUGGGUGUCAGAUGAGGCAAAUUAAGAUUUGGCAAUUUCAUGUAUAGAAGAAUAGUAAUGUAACAUAUUAGUAGCUUUUCUUUUCCCUUUUUUU